AGCGGAAGUCCUCCCCCAGCCUGGCCGGAACUUCCGGCUCCGAAUGCUUAAGGCGUAAGCCGACGGAGAGGAGUCAGCGGAGCUGGGAUGGUUCUGCUGGAGAGUGAGCAGUUCCUGACGGAGCUGACCAGGCUCUUCCAGAAGUGCCGGUUGUCAGGCAGUGUGUUCAUCACCCUGAAGAAGUAUGAUGGUCGAACUAAACCCAUUCCAAGGAAAGGUUCAGUGGAGGGCUUUGAGCCCUCAGACAACAAGUGUCUGUUAAGAGCUACUGAUGGGAAAAAGAAGAUUAGCACAGUGGUGAGCUCCAAAGAAGUGAAUAAGUUUCAGAUGGCUUAUUCGAACCUAUUGAGAGCUAACAUGGAUGGGCUGAAGAAGAGGGACAAAAAGAGCAAGAGUAAGAAGAGCAAAGCAGCACAGUGAGGGGCACCGGAUUCCCUGUUCUCACUAACCAACCACCGAAUCGCUAUUUUUCCUUUGGUUUUUCCUUUUGGCCACACAGCUAGGUUUCUGGUUCCCCUACAUUAACUGUUUUCAUGUGAGAUUAGGGUCAUUUUGGAUGGAAGAGCUGUGAUGUUAUAGGGUAGUUACAAGAAGCCAGUUUAUCUGAGAUCUGGCUAAUUGGUCUGUGUUGCAUAGUUGUACAUUCCUGGAUUACCAUUUAAAGUCUCUGCAGCCGUCUGUGAAGACCAAUGUAGUUUAUCAGCACUGAUAUCUCCUCUUUUCCCUCCCCGUAUUAAAAGUUUCUGGCAAUGAGUACUGAUUCUGGAAUGAUGGGAUUAUGAAGAGGCUUUAGCCCAAUCUUCUAGGUUAUUGGAAUCAAAACCUGAAAAUUUUGUUAUCUCAAGGCUCCUCUUCCCAACUGGCUAUAUAACUUUAUCAUUAUAGUUCCUUUAGCAAAUUUGAGUGAGUUCUCAUUGCCAAAUGAGAGUUUGCUUAACCUCCUUAGGAUAAGCAUAUUACCAAAUUAAGAAUAAAGAUGACAGUUAAUGCUA